UGCAACGUACAUCAUGCAGACACCAGGCACCCCUUUCCCCCACUCCCUCGCUUCUCCACUCCCAUCUGAGUGUUCAGGCUUUGCUCUGCAGCUCACCCUUCUUAUACGACAGUCUUUCAGACAACUCUUUUCUCCAUCUUUGCUCCUCAAAAUAAAUUCAGGGACUAUCGCUGACUUGGUGACCCUGCACAGGAUGUCCUCUACCCCUGAAAUGUCCUCCCGCUUCCUCUUGAGAACCCCACCCCCAUUCCAUUCUGCUAAACCUGUUUUCUCAUCUAUGGAGUCGAAUGAUACCGCUUGUCAGGAGUGGGAACAAGCCCACCAUGCUCUCUUCCACUUGGGGAACAUGUCUCUGAUGCUGGGCCUGCUCAUCCCCACGACGCUUGGUCUCCACAUGAUCCUACUACGCCUUCUUCUUGUCACAGGAUGUGGCUUCUUCAUUGCUUGGGCAACAUUGUACAGGUGUAACAUGGAUGUGAUGGUUUGGAAUGUGGUUUUCCUGGUGGUCAACUUCAUGCACUUGCUGUUUCUCUUGUACAAAAGAAAGCCGAUUAAGAUUGACAGGGAUCUGAGGGUGAUGUAUAAGAGGAUGUUUGAGCCCCUGCAUGUGAAUGAGGCACUGUUUCAGAGAGUCACGGGCCAGUUCUGCACUGUAGAGAUGAUAGAGAAAGGGCAGGCCUAUGCUGGAGAAGAUAAGACAUCUGUGGAUGAACGACUCAGCAUUCUUCUCAAAGGAAAGAUGAAAGUGUCCUACCGAGGACAUUUUCUUCACAACAUCCAUCCCAAUGCCUUUAUUGAUUCCCCAGAGUUUCGCUCCACUUUAAUGCAGAGAGGAGAGAAGUUCCAGGUGACCAUUAUGGCAGAGGAGAACUGUAAAUUCCUGUGUUGGUCUCGAGAGAGACUCACCUACUUCCUGGAGUCAGAUACAUUCCUUAAUGAAGUGUUCAGGUACCUCAUUGGUCAAGAUAUAACCAACAAGCUCUACUCUCUGAAUGACCCCACACUCAGUGACAAGGUACUGAAAAAGAUGGACCGCCAGCCCAGUUUCUCUUCACAGUUAUCUGUGAUGCAAAUGUGGAACAGCAUGACUAGCAGUAGUGACAGCGAUGAUGUCCUGAAUCAGAUCCUCAGAGGAGGAUCUGCUGGCUCUUCUCUCCAAAAAUCACCAGGUGUCAAGGCCUCCAUAAAAAUGAAUCCAAUUGAGGAAAGAAUGGAGGAUGAUGUUUUUGAUGAUUCUCUUCCCUCCAAGUCCUUCCGUCUGUCCUGCACAUCCAAUGAGGAAGUGUAAUCUGGAGGAAACAAACAACAUCUAAGCCCCAUCCAAGAACGUCCAAAAAAUAUAGAAGAUAAACAAUAUAGUUUUAACUAGUCAUUGUUUUUGCAGCGGUAUCUGAAAUUUGUCUUGAAUUUUCAAUGUCAUUAUUCUGUGAAUUGUGGAAAUUUGACUUUUUAAUUGUUUGUAAUAUUUGGGUCUCUGGAGUUUCUGCACACCCAUCCCGUGUUAAAUGAAACACCCACGUAAAGUCGAUUGAAUUGUAUUAGCUGCCUACUUCUUCAAAAAAUCUGUCAGUGACUUAAUUGUUCUAUGUUUUGCAGCAUUGUGCAUAACAGUAUGACUUUUACAGUUUCUAACUUCUUUGUUUGGACUCACAAUAACAUACAGCUACUCCAAAAUCUGUCUCGAAUUGUCUGUAUAAUGAAAGCCGUAAAUAUUAGCCCAUCAUACAGUAUAUGGGAAAACCAGUAGUAACUCACUUACUGUCAUGAUCCUGCCGGUUCAGCACGAGCUGUGCGGGUGUCCGCGCAGGUGCGCUGAUUGGAAGGUGUACACCUGCGCCUCAUGCAGCCUGAUAAUGCUAUGGAUUUAUAUGACCGCGAUGACAACUGGCCGGCGCCAGUUCGUAAUGAUCUUCGUGUCCCAUUUGUGUGCUCCGGUAUCCCUGAUCGAACCUGUGUGUACCGACCUUCGUCCGUUCUCCGACCAACCCCGUAAGCCUGACUCCUUCGAUACUUCUGCCUGCGUUGAUUGUUCUCCCGUGUACCGACUCCUGCCUGUCCGCUCAUCUGCUCUCUUCGCCCGACGUACGAACUACCGCUGCUGCACCGGACUGCCUGCUCGAUCCCCGACCUCUGCAUACAAUAAACGUGUCUCUUCUUGAACUACCUUGCGUCUUCCGAGUUCCUGCAUUUGGGUCCUACUCUCGUUCCGAUGGGACGUGACACUUACAACAGAAAGGACCACCUCCUCAAGAGUAACAAAUUUCAGCAAGACAAAAAUUAAGUGGUGUAAAUUGUAUAAUUAGACAUAGAUAUACCUGCAAUUAUUUAUCCAUGGGCGGCACGGUGCUGAACCUGCAAAGCGUUGGCCUCACAGUUCUGAGGACCAGGGUUCAAUCCUGGCCCCGCCUGUGUGGAGUUUGCAUGUUCUCCCUGUGCCUGUGUGGGGUUUCUCUGGGCUCUCCGGUUUCCUCCCAAAAACAUGUAACAUUAAUUGGACACAAAAAUUGCCCCGAGGUGUGAUUGGGAGUGCGACUGUUGUCUUUCUCCAUGUGUGCCCUGCGAUUGGCUGGCAAUCAGUUCAAGGUUAACCCUGGCUCCUGCCCAUUGACAGCUAGGAUUGGCUCCAGAAACUCACAUACACAAAUAUGAUGACUGAUUACAUAUUCUGAUUGACUACAUUUUAGGGUGUCACAGUAUGAAAUGUA